UUUCUAAAGAGUAGGCGGGCCUCGGGCUCGUCCAGUGGCUCUCGCGCAGGAAUGCGCCGGAGGUCUCCCAGCAGCUCCUGUACUUUCUAAAGAUGGACACCUGGAUGUGUUUGUAUAUGAUAGUGGGACUCCAGCUGUACGGGAGCUUCGCCUAUGAUGGGUCUGGAUACUGGCCAUACACUGAUGAUGAAGAUGUGCGAUACACAGGCGUGCCAUGGUGUGCCCCAGUGAAGAUCAAACACGGUCACGUCAGCUGCCAGUCACCACAUGGGGAACGUUAUAAGAAUGUUCUUGGAACUCGUUGUAAGAUCCACUGUAAGACAGGCUACGAGAUGCAUGGCAGCAGUGAGAUCCUCUGUAUGGCCAGCAAGCAGUGGUCAGGAAACUACGCCUGCAGAGAGGUCCGUUGUCCUAAACUGGCCAUGCCAUCUAAUGGAGGUUUUAAAUGUUCAGACGGGUCCUACUUCAACUCCCGCUGCCAGUUCUUCUGCUCGCCUGGAUACACGCUCCGUGGAGACAACAGCGCCACCUGCCAAAGCAGUAGAUCAUGGAGCGGUGGCAACAGUGUGUGCUUGGAUGUGGAUUCUCCAGUCAUUAAGUGCCCUAAUAUUAAGGAGAAGACAGCUGAACCUGGAAAACUCACCGCCAAAGUGACAUGGGACACACCAGAGGGAAAAGACACAGCGGACGGCAUCCUAACAGAUGUUGAACUGAAAGGAAAACCAACAGGCACGCACUUCCCAGAAGGAAAUCAUAAAUUAUCGUACACGGUUUUUGACCGGGCUGGAAACAAAGCGACAUGCAGGUUCAAUGUUCGAGUGAGAGUGCGUCGAUGUACUCCUCUCUCUGUCCCUGACAAUGGCUGGAUGAAAUGUGACAGUGGGGGUGAUAAUUAUGGGGCCACAUGUGAAUUCCGCUGUCUGGGGGGCUACGAGUUGAGGGGCAGCGCUGCCAGAGUGUGCCAGUUUAACAUGGAGUGGUCUGGCCUGGAGACUUCCUGUGCACCACUGAAUAUUAAUGUUGGUGUGCGGUCUGCUGCCGCACUACUGGAUCAGUUCUAUGAGAAACGGCGCCUUUUGGUAAUCUCUGCCCCCUCUGCAGCCAAUCACUACUACAGAUUCCAGAUGACUAAUUUACAGCAUGCACAGUGUGGUCUGGAUAUGAGGCAUGUGACAGUGAUCGAGUUGGUUGGGGUGUAUCCUGCUCAGAUUGGCCGCAUUAGACAUAGACUCAUCCCUCCAGGACUUGCUCUACAACUCAGGUUACUGCUGCAGCUGUCUCAGAACUCAUUUAACAUGGUGCUGUUGGACAAACAGGGUGUGGAUAAGCAACGCUACACUUUCCCAAUUACAGCAGCAGAGAUCUUCACCACCAUUGAUACAUUUCCUUUGCGCACUGAGGAGGCCAUGCUACAGAAAGAGGCUGGGCAUGGCUGCUAGACACACACACACACACACACACACACAGUUCCUUAUUCUUUUGUACUGGGUAUAAGGCUAACCAAACUACGCGAGUCUGGAUAGAGCUGCUAACUCUUAUAUUGAAAACACAUAUGCACAACACAUCUCUUAACACAAAUGCAUGAGUGAAUCUCUGUUGUUUGUCUUUUUUUAUUUGUCUCUAUUUAUGUCUGAGUGAAGUCCACUUUUCUAUAGAAGUACUACCAAUGCCUUCUUAAAGGGUUAGUUCACCCAGAAAUUCAAAUUUUCUCAUGAUUUACUUACCUUUAAGUGAAAUUUAUAUAAGCAGAUUUCAGCUCAGUUUGUCCAUACAAUGGGUGCCAACAGUCUGCUGGCUAUUUUACGGUCCAAAAUGCAUAUUUAGGCAGCAUAAAAGUAAUCCACAUGACUCCAGUUGAUCAAUUAAUGACUUCUGUAGCAAAUCGAUAAUUAAAAAGUCAAUUAUUUUCCUUUAAAUCGUUGCUUCCACUCAGCGCUGUAUUGCUGUUUCAAAUGAACUAACUCUCGCAUGACAUUCAUUCCUUUGUUGAAGUGAUGGAGAGUCGACUCCAAAAGAGUCGAUUCCUCGACUGUGACUUGUCCUAGAAUCGGAGUCGACUCUGAUACAGGAAAAGAUUCUUUUGUUCGACUCCGUAACUUUACGAACAGGGCAUUGUGAUUGGAACCAAUUAAAUCAUCUGCAGACAUCACCUCAUUCAUCAUGCGUGUUUGAGUGAGAGAUAAAGUGCAUGCUUUCAAAGAGAAAGGGUGUGAGAUUUUAAAACUUUCAGAAGCUUGUGUAGCAUUACAUAAAUGCAAGGGACAGUGGUUGGAGAAGUGGAUUCUCCUAGUUUGUCUUGUCAAUGUCUUGUGUUGGGAAUUGGAGUCAACUCCAAAAUACUUGGAACUCGAACACCCCUACUUUGUUGUUUACAAAGCAUUGCAUCCAACUUCUUGCAUGUACACACCAUAAUGCUUACAUCGCUGAAGUUUUAAUUAUAAAUGUAUUUUUUACACAAACUCAUCAAUUUGCUUCAGAAGACAUUGAUUGAUUGACUGGAGUCGUGUGGAUUACUUUUAUGUUGCCUAUAUAUGCCUUUUGGACAAAUGGCACCCGUUUACUUGCAUUUUAUGAACAAACAGAGCUGAAAUAGGCUUGUAAAAAUCUUCAUUUUGGUUCUGCUAAACUAACCCUUUAAUGUAAUAAAGGCCUUUUUAAUGAUUGACAAUUGAGAGUAUUGGACUCAGAUUUCUUAAAAUGCCUGUCAUAUUUAUCUUGGUUUUUAGCUUGGUCUGGUUUAUUAAAUAAAUAUGCAAAAAAAAUUCUUUCAAAAAUGUAUACUUGUACCUAUUUUAAAUACUUUGAUUUAUAGUCAUCAGGACAACAUUUGGGUAAUGUAGUGAUGCUUAUUUUUUUCUGGGCCUGUUAAUUUAUUCAAAAAGACAUUAAAAUGAUAUUCAUAGGCAGCAAUGUGAAUAAAGCUCUUCUAUUGUUUUU